AGCAGACGAAAUCGGUAUGUUUUGACAGCAUCGGACUCGCAUGAGUUGUUUAUUUUUACUCCUGAUAAACUGUUAGAACUUGAAUAGCAUGGCAACCAAAAGUUAUGUAGGCCAUUUGUCCAAAGAAAUUGCCUGUAAACAAGGAGCUGUGAGAGCAGUAAGAUUUAAUGUUGAAGGCGAAUAUUGUUUAACAUGUGGAUCAGACAAAAGUGUAAAAUUGUGGAAUCCUUAUCGUGGAGCCCUAUUGAAGACAUAUUCUGGCCAUGGUUAUGAAGUAUUGGAUGCCCAGAGUAGCUGUGACAGUAGUCAUAUAGUUUCCUGUGGAAUGGACAAAACAAUUAUUCUGUGGGAUGUUUCAACUGGACAAUCUUUACGUAAAUUCCGUGGGCAUUUGGGAACUGUCAAUUGUGUGAAGUUCAAUGAGGAUUCCUCAGUAGCUAUAUCUGGCAGUGUGGACACAUCAGUCAGGUGUUGGGAUUGCAGAUCUAAGAAGCCAGAAGCAUUUCAAAUUAUGCAGGAAGCUAAAGACAGUGUUAGCUCUGUUCAAGUUACUGACCAUGAAAUUCUAACUGGAUCACUAGAUGGCCAAAUCAGGCGGUACGAUAUCCGAAACGGGCAAUUGAUUGCUGAUGAAAUGGCUCAACCUAUAACUUCGGUUUGGUUUACCCGUGACGGCCAAGGACUACUCGUCUCUUGCCUAGAUAGCACCCUUCGUUUGAUUGACAAGGAUACUGGUGAAUUGCUACAAGAGUACACUGGACACAUCAACACGGAAUACAAAAUCGAUUGCUGUCUUGAUCAUACCGAUAACCACGUUAUCUCGGGUUCAGAAGACGGUACCGUUUAUAUCUGGUCCUUAGUAGAAGGCCAACUCAUAGCAAGACUGGAACACGUUGGUUCGAAAGUUGUCCAUUCAGUAUCUCCUCACCCAUCUCAGGCUUGGAUCCUAACUGCAGCUCAAAACAGCAUUUAUUUAUGGAAAGAUGCACCUGAAGACGAAAAGUAAUUUGAUAUUUAACAACUUUUGGAACGUGCUGUUGUAAAAUAAAAACGUCUUUGAUACA